CAAAAAUUCCGCCAGAUUUUGAUUUUUAAAAAUUCAGAUCAAUUUCCCUAUUUUAGGGAUUUUUUCCUGAUUUAAGAUCUUAUUUUAAUAAAACCCGACCCGACGAAGUUGCUUGUGCUGACAUGUCGAAGCGCAAGGGACUUAGUGUCGAAGAGAAAAGAUCCAGAAUGAUGGACUUCUUCUUUGAAAAGAAAGAUUUCUUCCUGUUGAAGGAGUUAGAGAAACAGUGUCAGAAAGAGAAGGGCAUCACAUCAAUGUCUGUCAAGGACAUUGUUCAGAGUUUAGUAGAUGAUGGCAUGGUUGAUACAGAUAAGAUUGGGACUUCAAUCUACUUCUGGGCAUUCCCAAGCAAAGCUAGUCAAAAUAGAAAACGCAAGAUAAAUGAACUAGAAGAAGAACUCAAAGAAGUGGAGAAAAAAUAUGCCGAGACACAGGAGAAAUGUCAGAAAAUGAAAAUAGGAAAAGAAGAUACAGAUGAGAGGCAUCAGAUUCUCAAAGAAUUGCAGAGUAAAACUGAAGAACAUGAACACCUCCUUAAAGAUAUAGAAAGGUUUAAAGAAUGUGACCCUGAAAUGUUGGAAGCUAUGAAACAAGAAGUUGAUGUUGCCAAGGAAGCUGCCAAUAGAUGGACAGAUAAUGUGUUCUCAACAAAAUCCUGGGUGAAGAACAAAUUUUGUGUGGAAGACAGCGUAAUUGAUAAACAGUUUGGAAUACCAGAAGACCUUGACUACGUAGAAUGAUGCAUCGCUAUGGUAACAUGUGCUAUUGUGUCAUCACUAGGUAACAAUAUAACGAACAGUGGCUAUAGAGAUAUGAGAUGAUUGUGUCAUUGUGCCAAAUACAUUACAACCAUGAUGUGUGUGUAUUAACUAUUGGUGACAUUUGUUUCUAUGACAACACUGGAAACAGCUGUAGUUUUGUUGCAUGAUGGACUCAAACAAUAUCCAAAAGCUAUAAUGCUGUUGAUAUUCAUGUAAAUGCUGUUUAAACAAUGACAUUUGGUUCAUUACUAUAGCAACAUUAACUAACUCAGGGAAAUGUAGGAUUUACAACAUUUUACUUGCCAUCAUGUUAAAUAGUACUUUGUUUGGCGAUGGAAUAGUUCUGAUAGGCGCUCAGUCUCUGACCCCAUAAAUGAUAAAAUGUCACCAUCUGGUAAGUUAUUGUAAAUCGUUUCAAAAUUGCAACAGUUUGUUACAGAUUCCAACUGCUGAACUCAACUCACAAAAUGUCAUAACACUACAGGCGAUAAGGAUAGGUUGUGCUGUACUUCUUAAUUUGGUGCUACUCAUUAUGGCAGAUUUGCUGUUUUGAACAUUUGGCGACUAUUUAAUUUGACGGACUUGCAAUA